AUGCCCUUUGGUCUCACAAGCGCACAUGCGGCUUUCAUGCAUUUAAUGAAUGAAGUGUUUCACGACUACCUCGACAAGUUCGUGAUCAUUUUCGUUGAUGAAUCCCUGGUGUACUCGAGAAGUAAGGAGGAGCAUAAUGAGCAUCCGAGACUGAUUAUGGAGAGGCUACGAAAUCAGAAGCUAUUUGCCAAGUUCAGCAAAUACUCAUUUUGGAAGAGAGAGAUAGGAUAUCUGGGUCACAUAGUAUCAGGAAAGGGCGUGGCUGCUGAUCCAGAAAAGGUCCAAGCCAUACGGGAAUGGCCUCGACCUACCACUGUGACGGAAGUAAGGAGUUUUCUCGGACUUGAGGGCUAUUAUCGGAAGUUUCUUAUGGACUUUUCCUCCAUAGCAAAGCCUUUAACUAAACUUACCGGUAAAGGAGUUCCUUUAUUAUGGGUGGAAGAAACCGAGAAGGCAUUCAAGAAGUUGAAGGAAGCUCUCACGACCGCACCUGUGUUAGCUUUGCCCGAGCAAGUCAUCGCGUAUGCCGCACGACAACUACGAAAACAUGAGGAUAACUACAGUACACAUGACUUGGAGUUAGCGGCCGUGGUGUUCGCUUUGCGAAUUUGGAGAUCUUACUUGUAUGGAGAAGAAGUGGAGUCGAAGAAAGUGGGAGCAGAUUUAGAGAAAGAAGUGGAGCUGUUGAACCAGGAGUUGAAACAAGUGAAGUUGGUCGUUUUGGAAGGGCAGACAAGCGAGCCAUUGGGACUUCAAGCGGUGAACCAGGCCAGCUUGAUUCAGAGAAUUCGAGAAGAACAGCUUAGGGAUGAGAAGUUACUGAAGAUUGCUGAAGAAUUCAAAGGACAAGCCGGGCCAAAUAAUGUUGGAUACUACUUGGCGAAGGAUGGAACCUUGCUAAUUAAUGGGAGAAUCACGGUUCCUACAGGACAAGGGCUGAGAGAUGAGAUACUAAGGAUUGCACAUCAUUAUUUACUUAGUAUCCAUCCUGGAAGUUCAAAAAUGUACCGAGACGUGAGAAGAUACUUUCAUUGGCCGGGCAUGAAGAGGUUAACCAAGGUUACACACUUGUUGCCUAUGCGGAACACUGAUAAAGUUGAAGUGUUGGCCGAGCUGUACAUCGACCAAAUCGUGAAGUUACAUGGUGUACCCUCAGACAUCGUCUCAGAUCGCGAUCCAAGAAGCACGUCGUUCCAUCCAGAAACAGAUGGCCAAACGGAGAGAACCAUUCGAACCAUCGAGGACAUGCUUCGGAUGCGUAUUCUAGAUUGGGCCGGGAAUUGGGAGAAGCACUUACCGUUAGUCGAGUUAUCGUAUAACAACAAUCAUCAUUCGAGCAUAGGGAUGUCACCUUAUGAAGCGUUAUACAGAAUGCCAUGCAAAACACCUAUGUGUUGGACUGAAGUGGGCGAAAGGAGAAUGUUUGGGUCACCUAUUGUUCAGGAGACCAUGAUUAAGCUAGAGACGAUUCAGACCAACAUGAAGAAGGCUCAGGACCAUCAGAAGAAGUACGCAGACCAGUCAAGAAGAGAGGUAACUUUUGAGAUAGGAGAUUGGGUCUAUUUGAAGGUUACUGCACAAAAAGGGAAGGACAGAUUCGGCAAGGUCGGGAAACUUGCGGUCAGGUUCAUUGGUUCGUACAAGAUCAUCGGGAAAGUUGGUGAGGUAGCUUACCGUUUGGAUCUGCCAGAGGAUAUGCGUCUACAUCCUAUAUUUCAUGUUUCCAUGCUUCAGAAACAUAUACGGGAUCCAAGUGCUGUUGAACCCGAGAGACAAGAGGAGUUGAGGACAAACCUUACGUAUCCGGAAGGACCAAUCAGAUUGGGAGAACGGCGUAUUCGGAUGCUGAAGAAUCGAGAGAUUGCUCAAGUGCAAGUAUUAUGGGGAAGACAAAACAUGAUUCAUGUUACUUGGGAAGAUGAGGCGCGAUUUAAAACCGAUCACCCAGAGUUCUUCCGAGAGGAUGUUGUGAUGGAAGAAGGAGGCCCCUCAGACCCUUAG